AUUUUCCUGCACAGACUCCUUUCCUUCUUUCACUCUUUCUAGCUAGUACUUUCUUUCGUUACAUCUCCAGUGAUUAUGAAGUGAAGAUGCUGAGUGGUAUCUAUAUCUUAGAAGAGAAUCAUCGCUAAAGCUCAGCAUAUGGGGCAGUGGAUUUCUUCGAAGUUAGACAACUCCUUCACAUCGGAUGGCGACUACGCGGAUCCCUUAACACCAAAUGGCAACAACAAACGCAUCUUGACCAUCGAUCCACGAUCUCCAACUGCUGAUAUCAAUAGGACUCCCAUUGAAGUUACUAGCACUCCAAAAGCUAACGGAGCUGCUGAAGUCGACAAUAGCAGUCCCAUAACCAGCAUGCCAACAAACCGACCUCACUUUGUCGAAAGCAUUCUCAAAGUCGCUUGAAGUGAAAUUUCUCUGCUUCGUUCCAUGGGAAACAGUCUGGCCUCCCAUAACGAAACGUUCGUUUCGGAUGUUUCCUGCCCCAUCCAAAAAAGCUUUUCCUUCUUUGCUUUCAAAUCAUCAUCAGUACGAAGUAGUACAGUUACGUAGAAUCUCUCAUCGUUUUCCCUGAUGCACAAUGUAAACACCAUGCUUUUGUUAGGAAUUUGUAUUGACUUUGUAGACUCGCAUCCACUUAUUAUACAUUCCUCGCCAAUGCUUGCGUCCUUCAGCUUGCAGUACUCUAUCAGCGAACCACUGCCAAUCUGUAAAUAUAUUGACUAAUUAUUUGUUGACAGACUGCAACUUAUAAUCAAUCUCAUCCUGCCCCAUCG